GCUCUGUUAUUCAGUUCCUUGGGCAAUGCUUACAGACUCUUUCACUCCUGCUUUUAUGAACUGUGUGGACGUCCAACUUUGCAUCUGCGCUGAAGAUACCUCUUGAUCUAAAUGGGCUCCCAGGAAUCAGGCAGCAAAAUCAAAAGGAAAAUAAAAUAUGGUGCCACCAGUUCAACAGAAACAAAUCACCAUGAGGAGGCCAAAGAUAAAACCUACCUGGAUGAGAAGAUUGCCAUCCCAGAUGUGGCAGGAUAUGGUUUUAGUUUUAGGAAGCUCUGGGCUUUCACUGGGCCUGGCUUCCUCAUGAGCAUUGCCUACUUGGAUCCAGGAAAUAUUGAAUCAGAUUUACAGUGUGGAGCUGUUGCUGGCUUUCAGCUCCUCUGGGUCUUGCUCUGGGCCACAGUCCUGGGGUUGCUCUGCCAAAGAUUGGCCAUCCGGCUUGGGGUUGUGACAGGCAAGGACCUAGGAGAGAUAUGUCAUUACUACUACCCCAAGGUACCACGUGUGCUGCUCUGGAUCAUGAUAGAAAUUGCCAUCAUUGGCUCUGACAUGCAGGAGGUGAUUGGGACAGCAAUUGCCUUCAAUCUUCUAUCAGCUGGACAUAUCCCUUUGUGGGGUGGAGUCUUGAUCACAAUUGUUGACACUUUCUUCUUCCUUUUCUUGGAUAAAUAUGGUCUCAGGAAACUGGAGGCAUUUUUUGGUAUCCUCAUCACAAUAAUGGCAGUAACAUUUGGCUAUGAGUAUGUGGUAGUGCGUCCCAACCAGACAGAGGUGCUGAAGGGGAUGUUUCUGCCCUACUGCAAGGGCUGUGGACAUGAGGAACUUCUACAGGCUGUGGGUAUUGUUGGAGCCAUUAUCAUGCCCCAUAACAUCUAUUUGCACUCCUCCCUUGUCAAGACCCGAGAUGUGGAUCGUACCAAUAAGAAAGCAGUAAAAGAGGCCAACAUGUACUUCCUUGUUGAAUCCAUCAUUGCACUCUUUGUUUCCUUCCUCAUAAAUCUUUUUGUCAUGGCCGUGUUUGGACAGGCCUUCUUUCACAAACAGAACAAGGAUGUGCAUGCAGUCUGUGCCAACCAAAGCAUUUUCUCCAACCAUAGUAUUUUUCCAAACUUUCCUGAUGACAACAAUACAGUCUCAGUGGACAUUUUCCAAGGGGGAAUUAUCUUGGGAUGCUACUUUGGACCCAUUGCACUUUACAUUUGGGCUGUUGGAAUCCUUGCAGCAGGUCAAAGUUCAACCAUGACUGGAACAUAUGCAGGACAGUUUGUUAUGGAGGGCUUUCUGAAACUACGUUGGUCCCGUUUUGCCCGAGUGGUCUUCACUCGUUCCUUUGCCAUCCUUCCCACUGUCUUUGUUGCUGCUUUCAGGAACGUGGAAGAUCUGACAGGCCUCAAUGACCUUCUCAACGUACUGCAGAGUAUCCUGCUACCUUUUGCUGUCAUACCUGUUCUUACCUUCACCAGCAUGCAGCCUCUCAUGCAGGACUUUGUCAAUGGGAUCAUUGGGAAGGUUAUAAUGAUCCUGAUCACUGGAUUGGUCUGUGCAAUCAACCUCUACUUUGUGGUAACAACGCUUAUGGGCUUGGGUCAUUUAAUAUACUACAUUGUUAUAUCAUUCGCCUUAGUUGCAUACGUGGCCUUCAUCUGCUAUCUGAUAUGGACAUGUCUCAUCUCUCAUGGAGCUGUUUACCUGGCCCGGGGACCCCACACUCGGUUUGGUUAUGGACUACAGUAAUAGAAAACCACUCACAGCCAUAUAUUGGAAGCUGACAAAUGGUCCCAAGACAAGAAGCAGCUGACCCUUUGGAUUUGCCAGGAGGCAGAAGUGCCAAAACCUUGAUUUCAGCCAGCACUUGGUCUCAGUAGCAGAACAUGUGAUCCAAGGUGCGAUCUCUGUUAUGCAUCAAAGAAUUUUCAGACUCGAAAAAGCUUUGGCCAAUCAACCUAAAUGACUUGACAGAGUAUUGUUCUAAUAGGGCAGAAGGUGGCUGUUAAUAACUUAAGUGGAACAAAGUUUGUUGGACAGAAAGAGUGACUGAGCAGCUUUUCCAAAUGGCACACACACCUUGCUCUAAACAACAUACAGUGACUUAUAUAGUUUUGAAUUUUGAAAUGAUGCAUCAUUUCAAAAUUCAAGAAAACUAGUAUGAGCAUGAUUGUAUGUGCGCGCAUGCACACACACACAUGUAUGUAUGUAUGUAUGUAUGUAUGGCUGCUCUGGCAGGACCUGACAAGCCAUAAAAAACAAGUCACUUGCAUAAGAAACAGAGUAUGAGUUCUUGCCAAACCACAUCUGUAACACUAUUCACAUAAGCAUCUAAAGGGAAAACUAGUAAUACUCAGAGAAGCAUUUCCCCUAAAGGUAAAAAGACCCCUUCUACCCUAUACAAAUAUAACCAGAUAACCAGGGAUGUGGCUAUGAGGAGGGCAAAAUGUGAGCAUUGCCCUGCCCCAUAAAAAUUCUGUAUCCCAUAAAAUGCUCCUUAAGAAAAUUACUCUAAAAGUAGUUCAACUGUGGGAUAGAUUUCCUCAUACGGUGAUUUUUGGAGGUCUUUAAACUGGAGUUGGAGGGGCAUGUUAGGAGUGCAUUAGUUGUGAAUUUCUGUAUGGGAAGAGAUUGGACUAGAUGGCCCGUGUGGACCCUUCCAGCUGUAAGAUUAUAUGAAUUGAUGAUUUGACUCAUAGCUGCAGAACUUGAGGCUUUCCAGAUGUUGGUGAUGCAUCAACAUUUGCCAGUCUAGAUAGGGUGAAUAAAAACUGGGAGUCCAGUUUCAGAUGAGCCACUCAUUCUAGGCACUUGCUCAACGUUCCUUCCUACAAAUUUACACUGUAGGAAUGGGUGCUUCCCAGUGACAUUAAUUGCCACUGGGAAGGAAACACAUAAUGUCAUGGCUGCCCAAGAUUCCAGCUGUCACCUUGAGAGAAGAUGGGAUGGGGAAGUUAAGCACAGAGGUCUGCUCUAUUGUCAUGUAUCAUGUGUAGUUCAUUGGAGCUGUAUAAUAUCUGAAGCAGCUAGUGCCUACCCAUUAAAUUAGUUUUUGCCUAUAAGGAAGGUAGAGCUUGAUAGUUGAAAAGAAAGGGAAUUUGGCAGAGUUCAGUAUGAACAGACUGGCUGAAAUCCUCUCUACCUUCUAAUCAGCCUAGCUGUUUGAGAUGCAUGAACCCCAUUUACUUUGCAUCUGGUCGCCCAAAGCAUUAAAGAAUAUCACUAUCUAAAGCUGUCAUCUUUUUUUUUACUUGACUGUGCUUCUUUACUAAUAGCAGGAGUUUGAUGUACAGACAUUAACAAGGGGCAAGUAUUUGUGCUGCAAAGAACUUUCACCUGAUUUAGAUGAAGCAGAUGCAUGAGAGUUAAUAAGGGUGGUUAUUUCUGGUCAGUUGGCAGCCUCUUUGUAGACAACUCUCAUUUAUCAGAAGGUGAAUCUGAAGAGCAGGCAAGAAAUCUCUCCUUUGGUUCAAAACAUCUCUGUCCUCCUCCUUCCUCUAGUUUUAUCACUGAGUCAGUGAACUGAUGUUAUCUUGUUCUAAAUUUAUUAACUGCCUCACUGUUUCAUUCUUUCACUGAUUAGUUAAGAAAUGGAAAUACAUGUGACCAUCUCAAUGUAAGAUGAACUUUUGUGAAAAAACUUCCUUCAACUAAAAUAUAUUGUUCCAGGGGAAA